AUGGGACGCGAUUGCUGGAUCAUCUAUCUGGCCCUGGAGAAACUGGACGCCGACACGCGGCGUAGGUGGAUUGAGCGCAGCAUGGACACAGAUUCCCCCACUCUCGAGGAAUUCUUCAAAUUUCUGGAUUCUCGUUGCGAGGAACUGGAACUGAGUAAAAGGGAGCUUGGGACUUGUAGUAAGACAACAACACAUGCAGAAAAACCAAAAAGGGUCACACAAUCGAUGGUUGCGGUCGAAGGCAUUGGCUGCACCAAAUGUAAUUCAACAGAACACACUCUGUAUAACUGUCAGCUGUUCUUGGAUAUGUCUGGGAAGCAGAGGCGAUCCUUCGUAAAGGAGAAAUCACUGUGCUACAACUGCUUGCGACCUGGUCAUGGAAUAGCAGGCGAGGACGAGCGAAACAUAGGUGCGUCCAACAACACUUCGGUGACUCUCAGUCAUUUCGCCCAAGGAGAGGGCACUCAAUCAGUUGUAUGUGCACAGGGCACUGCAAAAUCUGCACAGGAAACGGAAGUUAAGCGAAGCAUAUUACCAACUGCCAUAGUUUCGUACGUAUCCGAGCGUUGCAUUCAAGCUCUCGGAUUGACAAGUUCGGCAUCACGCAUCUUGGUUACGGGAAUCUCUUCGGUGAAAGCAGAUACGACAAGGAGAUGCAGCACCUUGCAUAUCAAGACCCGUAUCUCCGAGGAUCAUUUGGUUGUCUACGCCCACGUGCUAGGCAGAAUUACUUCUUCGCUGGAACGCCAAAACAUCGAUGCAUCGGCACUCGAGGCAUUCAAGGAUCUGCAGUUGGCGGAUACAGAAUUCAACACAAACUCACCUGUUGACAUUCUAUUGGGAAGCGAACACGUAUGGUCGGUGUUUACAGGACGAAAGAUGUACGACAACAAGGGUAAUCUUAUCGCCAUUUCUUCGGUGUUCGAAUGGGUAAUAACAUCACUCAUCACAUCAAAUCCAAGCAACGCUAUUGCACUGACUGCAAUAGUAGACAUAGGCGCCACGCUUCAGAAGUUUUGGGAUUUGGAAAACGUUCAAAGCAGAGCAAAACUGGAUCCGGAGGGUGAUCAGGUCGAGAAGCACUUUCUCGCCACUCACAGUCGCGAUGAAAACGGGAAGUAUAUCGUGGAUCUUCUAUUCAACACAGAAAACCCCGAUUUCGGAGAAACUCUACAAGAAGCGCUCAAACGCUUUAAAUCGGUUGAGCGGCGGCUGCAACGGAACGACCAGCUGCGUACAUAG